AUGAAGCUUUUUAAUACAUUUAUUGUGCUUUUGAUCCUGCACAUAUCGGAGGCGAAAAUUCACGGCUGCAACUACUUGGAAACUGUGGAUUUGUCGUUCAGUCCGCAGUUUCCAAAUGGGUCUUACCUAUACAAGGAUAACUUGUUAGUUCCUUUUCAUUUGACUGGCCAAUAUGACUACAUAGAGACGGAAAGGGGAGUCAAUAAUAGUGCGAAAAGGCACACGCGAGGAUGUGUCUGCCACCUGAAGGCCUGUAUCUGGAUCUGUUGCCGAUUCAAGGACAUGCAGCCCAAUGGCGAAUGCACUGAUGGCCUGAUGGACAAACUAAGCAACAUCAAUCCCUACUUGAACGUGACUCUCCUUAACGGAUCUGUGGUCAGAAGAAACUUGCUCAGCGAUUUCAUAGUGUUAAGAGAUGCAAUGCGCUUCAGGGAUAUUUGGAAGGAACACGAGUAUACAUUGUUCGAGAACGGAAGUGCGUUGCUCAAGGACUACAACAGCGAGAAGCAGGCAUUUAGGGGAUAUGACUGCCUGCACCCGGACCAGUUCAGUUCAGAAAACAGAGGCUCUCUUGUGGUGGCUUUUCAUGAAAGCGUUUUCAACCAGAACCCAGAGACCCUGCAACCGGGAGCGAAUGAGCUCAUUUUGCUUUCGAAAGCAUUUUUGAUUCUGACGACAGCAGUGUAUCUCAGCGUGAAAAAGCUCCGGAAUCUGCACGGCAAGGUCUUCAUCAGUUACAUGCUCACUAUAUUCAUGUUUCUGCUCCAUAAGUGGCUGAUGCACUUCCACAUACCCUUGAAGUUUUGCCUUCUACGAGGUUUGUUUUGA